UGGAAAAAAAAAAGAUGGCUACAUAUUGGUGAUGAGCGUAAUCCACCGGCUUGGGGCAGAAUCAACCUUCCUGAAGACAUUAUUGGAAGUGUUGAACUGGAUGAGGGCACUAUAAAAGCAGGAACAUUUCAACGAAUGCCUGCACAUCGACUUGUGACAAACAAUGGCCUUUUCCGCUUAUCAGAACCAUUGAUGAAAACGAUCACGGAGGCAGCAAAAAGACACUUAAAACCAUGA